CCCGUGCUCCCUGAACCAGGGCUGCUCGAGCCGAGGGGAGAGUCGGUCCCAACUGUUUUCCAUCUCACUGCACCGCAGCAGCAGGAUGCUGGCCAACCUAUACGAGUCAUUUUGGAACUCUGAGUAUUGGAUUCCAACAGGGUACACAUGGGCUGACUUGGAAGAUUCAGAUGGCAUCACAUACCCUCAUCCCAAGGACUUGCUGGCUGCCAUUCCCCUGACAUUUGUCUUAAUAGUCAUCAGAUACAGCACUGAGAGGGCCAUAGGGCUACCUUUGAGCAGAGCCCUGGGUGUGCGUGACCCCUUCAGGAUCAAGGCAACUCCCAACCCCAUCCUGGAGUCAUUUUUCCGAACCCAGAGAAAGAAUCCUGAAAAGGAAACUUGGUUUGGCCAGCCAGAGACAGUCUGGGAUGGAUACCCUAAGCAGCCCCUGCAGCCUGCCAUAUACUGGUGGUACCUCUUGGAGAUCAGCUUCUACCUCUCCUUGCUGCUUACUCUGACCCUUGAUGUGAAGAGGAAGGACUUCAUAGGGCAGCUCAUCCACCAUUUUAUUACUAUCAUUUUGAUCUUCUUUUCCUAUUCUGCCAACUUUGUGAACAUUGGUGCCCUGGUGCUGCUGCUACAUGAUGUGUCAGAUAUCUUCCUGGAGGCCUAUAAGAUGCUAAGUUAUGCACAAUGGAAGCAAGCUCGGGAAGCCGUGUUCAUCCUCUUUGCCCUGGUGUUCUUGAUUACCAGGCUCAUUCUCUUCCCAAUCAAAGUCCUUUAUACCACCUACUAUGUUGCCCAGAGCAAAAAUCAGUUCUUCUUUGGAUACUAUUUUACCACUACCCUGAUGACAAUCCUGCAGGGUCUCAAUGUUUUCUGGUCUUUCCUCAUCCUCAGAAUGGUCUACAAGUUUUUAUCAGAAGGCCAGGUGCAGAAUGAUGUGAGGAGUGACCUAGAGGAGGAGGAGAAUAUGAGUGAUGAGCCAUUGACAAUGAGACAGAAGAGCAAUGCGAGAAUCUAGUCGAAUGAGGUCACAGACUUUCAGGCCUGGGAAAAAGGGUGGGGGAGGGUUGAGGGACUGGCCAACUUUUCCCUGAGCCUGUCCCACUGGCUAGCUCAGUGUGGAUCCAUGGACAACUGGUCUUCUGACUUCCUGAAGAUUGAAGCACCCUUGCAAAUGUCUCAGAUUCUAAUUGAACCUGGACUCCAUAGAACAAGACCUGUGCUGGAUGGAGGCUCUUCACUUCUGUCAUCGUGUCUAUCUGUCUCUCUGGCCCCACCUUUACUGGACCUCAAAAUGGAGAAAGAAGGAUCCUCAGGGUUUUAUG